AUGAUUGCGGAAAGCGCAUGGUGGGCUCUGUACGUUAUUGCUUUCGUCAUUGUUACCAACGUGAUGUUGAUGAACGUCGUCACCGGGGUGAUCUGCGAGCAAGUCAUGGAGCUGGCCAGGAAGAAGAUACCGGACCACCAGAAGACCUUGGACCAGCUGGACCUGUGGAAGCUCAAAGUGUGGGAGCUGUUCUGCGAGUAUGACGCAGAUGGGAGCAGCGCCCUCGACACUGGCGAGUGCGUCAGCCUUCUGCGCUCAGUCAGAAUGCGGGAGGUGCUUCUCGAGAUGGGGGUUGGUCUGCCGCUCGAGCGGGAGCACAUCAUCUGCGUCCUCGACGAGGGCGGCAAGGGAACGCUCUCGUUCCACGACCUGUUCAGUGGCAUACUGAGGCAGCAGGGCACGAAGUCCGACAUCCUCUCCCAGUCGCUGCAGUACGGCCUCGCCAGGCACGACCAGCAGAAGUCCGCGAGCAUCGACGGGAUCGAGCUCGCCGUCGCGGAGAGCAUGCACGGCUCCGCGCGCCGAGCCGCCUGCCGCCUCCGCGAGCGCGCGGGCGCCGCCUCCGCGGGCGCGCGGGGCGCGCUGCCGGCCGCGCCGGCCGGGGCGGCGCUCGGGUCACAGUGGCGAAGAAGCGUCCUGGCGUGCCCAUAG